ACCGCUGCACGCACAAAGGAAAAGGCAGCAGCAGCGUCACAAAACAAGCGGCCCUGAGUUCCGACAUCGUAUUUGCCAUUUCUACAUCUCCAUCCUCCCUUCAUCCAUCUUCAUCGACCGCGGAUAGUCCUCUCUGUCCUCCAGUCUCUUUCUCUGACCAUCCAGGCCCGCCUAAUCCACCUCAACCCGCCUCUCGCCUUUUUUUCCUCUUCACCCGGACCGCCCCACAGUCGCCGUCAGCGACUCAUUUUUCGGUUCUUUCCCCGACGCUCUUACACCUCAAUUUUCCCCCAAUAAACAUCAUUCAACAUGGUCAGUAUCCAUCUCUAUUGGCCCUUAUGCGCGUGAUAUCAUGCAGGGGGGUCACUUUGUGGUAUUUUUUCGCGUCAGAACACGUCGCUGACUGUUCAUUGCGCUAUCUCUUUUGCCUCCCAUUAUCCGACCUUUUCGACCGAACCUUACCCCGUGCCCCUCUCCAUCAUGGAACCAUCCUCCCGCGUCCGCCCCUCCUCAUGUACAGGGUCAAACACUCUCUGAGCCUAUGACGGAGAAGCACACCACGGAUGUCAUCCGGGGAAAGCAGUACUGGGUCGGUCUCUCCGACAUGCAAGGAUGGCGUAUCAGCAUGGAAGACGCCCACAGCGUCCACCUCUACCUUCCCCCUGCUUCUGAUGACUCAAAACCCAUCGUCUCCGCCUCCGAUAUCCCUCAGCAGCCGGAAGGAUCAACAGUCACCAGCAACAACGCCGGAGAGACUGGCAACGCUCUUUUCGGUGUGUUUGACGGACAUGGUGGUCAGGCCGUGGCCAAAUUCGCGGGAUCCACUUUGCAUACCAGGCUGGCUGGUCUGCCUGCUUACAAGGAUGGCGAUUAUGAGGCUGCUUUGAACCAGGCUUUCAUCAAGACAGAUGAAGACUUGCGUGCGGACCCUUCUUUCUUGAGCGAUCCUUCGGGGUGUACCGCUGUGGUCGGACUCAUCACCACUGACGGUCGGAUCAUCUGUGCCAACGCUGGUGACUCUCGGUCAGUCCUCGGGUACAAGGGCGAGGCCAAGGCUAUGUCCAACGACCACAAGCCCACCAAUGCCGAGGAGACUGCCCGAAUCACCGCUGGAGGUGGUUUCGUCGAUUUCGGCCGAGUCAACGGCAACCUCGCCCUCUCCCGAGCCAUGGGCGACUUUGAAUUCAAGCAAAACUUUUCCCUCUCCCCCGAAAAGCAGAUCGUCACUGUCGUUCCCGAAAUAAUUACCCACAAACUCGACGGCGAGGAAGAGUUCCUCGUGCUCGCCUGUGAUGGUAUCUGGGAUUGUUUGUCUAGUCAGCAGGUGGUGGACUUUACGAGGAGGGGCAUUGCGCAAGGAAAGCCAUUGGGUCAGAUCUGUGAGGAGAUGAUGGUCAAGUGUCUGGCCAAGGACAGCAGCACGGGUGGCAUCGGGUGUGACAACAUGACUGUUGUUGUCGUUGCGCUUCUGAAUGGCAGAACACCGGAGGAAUGGCAAAACUGGGUCAAGGAGCGAGUUGACAACAAGGUUGGCCACGACACCCCCGAAUCCAUCCCCGAUAUCUUCCCCGAACCUACCGGCCCUGCCCUGGGCGGCUUUGGUGGCUCUGGCUUCCGUGUCGCUGGCGGUGCCGGCGGUCUUGCCAACAUUGCCUCCAUCCUUGGUGCUUCCGGUAUCACUUUCCGUCCCAACUAUGACGAUAACGACGAUGAAGACGACGACGACGGGCACCUCCAAAUCAUCGGCGACUCCUCCAACCAGUCGUCAGGCAUCAGUUUUUUGGAUGACAAGACGGUUGACGAAGAGACAAAGCCCAAGUCUAUCACGGGACAGCUCGAGGAAGAAGAAGAUGAUGUGGUGCUGAGGGGUGUUGGCAAGAAGGGAUCAGUGAAGCUUGUGGAUGAGGACGGAGACUCUGCUAUGGACUCGGACGACUCGGACUUGACCACCACUGGCAACGACCCCUCGCCCCAACCGUCCGCCCCCGCCUCCGUAGCUCACGGCGCUGCCGGCUCCCCUAUUCCCCCAUCAUUCUUCUCUAUCGGUUCCCCCACUGUGCCUACCCCUUCAGCUUUGCAGGGCCACCAUGCGCAAAAAGAGGAGGAGAAGGUGGAGCAACUGAAGAGCGAGCCGCAGGGUGAUGAGGCGUCUGGUGCGGUCAAGGUUGAGGGUUUGAUGGACACCAGCGAGUCGCCCCUCAACCUUUGAAUUUUGCAUUGGUUGAGGUUAUGUCUUCUUUCCUUUUCUUUUACUUAUACAAGAGUUGUAUCGAUUGCGAUCUAGACUAGAGCACCCAAGGAAGAGAAGAGGAAAAUUGUGGAGUUGAGAAGUGUCUGGUUUUCAAUUGUGUGCUUAUUCUCCUAUCUUUGAUCUUAUAUACCCCUUAUACGUGUGAUCUACACUUGGUGCCCGAGACUUAGAAACGGCUACAUAAUUAUCAUGCCUGCUUUCUCCCGCCCAAGUGAUCAUUACUCUUAUAUUCCUUCUUCUUUUCUGUUCCUUUCCUUCUUCGUGAUCUUCUUUGGCAGCUACAAUAGUGGGACCUAGGGAAAACAAUGCAUUGUAUUU